CAUGGAGUUUGACGAUGUUCUGGAAUGUGUUGGAGAAGCAAUGGCUAUGAACUUUAUUGGUGGCAAACAAGAACACUGGUGCAAAGUACCAGAACUGCAGAGACUAUCCUUUAGACGCCAAAAGCUUAUAGCUAUACCAAACGGCUCCUCAAAAUCUGCUUAUGUUCAAUGCAAGACUUUCCCCCUAAACUAUUCGUCUUAUAGUAUAUCCGAUUUUUUACAAUGGAAUGAAACAGACAGACAAAAGGUGGAAGCAACCUUUCCCAAUGUAAAUUCUUAUUCCGAAUGGAGAUUUUUUGGCGCAAUUAGUGCUGGAGCAAUCUCAGAUAAAUGGGGUCGUAAACCAGCAAUUGUAAUUUUUAUUAUAAUUAAAUUAAUUGGGGGCUAUUUGGCGACUUUUGCCAGCAAUUUAAUUCUGUUUUGCUUUGGGAGAUUCAUUAUGGCUAUCGGAACAACAGGAAGCGGAAUAGCUGCUUAUGUACUUAUGCAAGAAAUAAUAGAUAAAAAAUAUAGAGCAAUGGUUGGUAUGACUUGGACGUCAUUCUUUUCACUUGGAUUUGCUCUUCUACCAGGCAUUGCUUACCUUAUAAGGGAUCACAGAGCAUUCCAAUUCGUUUAUAUUACUCCUGCUUUAAUCAUGUUGUCAUAUGUAUUUUUAUUGGAUGAAUCACCAAGAUGGCUAGUUUCUCAGGGAAAAGUUGACAAGGCUGAGAAAAUUUUAAAAAGAAUUGCUAUAAUUAAUGGACGAAAUCCACCUCAAAAGAUUACUUUUGAUAAUAAAAAUAAUGAACAGAGACAGGGAAAACUCGUAGAUCUUUUUCGAACUCCCAAUAUAAGAAAGAAAACAAUAAUUGUGUCCCUUUUAUGGUUCACUUGUAGCCUUAUGUAUUACGGUUUAUCUUUAAACACAGGACAGUUGGCGGGUAAUAUUUUCUUGAAUACAUUCUUAUCAGCAUUUAUUGAGAUACCAUCGAAAUUAUCUGCUCCUACAGGAUAUCGAACGGCCGUUGCAAUUAUAUCGAAAUCUGGAGUAUCUAUUGCUUUUGGUUCAACUUAUAUUUAUUCGAUAGAACUCUUUCCAACUGGCGUGAGAAAUGUAGGAUUAGGUUGGGGUUCAAUGAUUGCUAGAAUUAGCGGAGUGGCCUCACCGUACGUUGGAGGACCAUUAUCAAAUGUAUGGAAGCCUCUUCCUACAACAAUUUUCGGUUUAUUUGCAACUUUAUCGGGAUUAUUCACUUUUCUACUUCCGGAAACUUUAAAUAGAAAACUUCCGGAAACUAUAGAAGAAGGUGAAAACUUUGGAAAGUAA